AAAAGCAACAUCGACGGCUGAGGAUCACUUGAUCAUGAACACAUUUGAAGUCCAAUUAUCAUCCAUGCAUUGUGCGGUGGGUGUGGAUGCUGCUUCCAGAAAUAGCCUGUAUGUCCUCCAUAUGCAUGAGAUAAAAUCAUGCCUUCCGGACAUAUCGCAGGAACAACUCGACAAUGGGACUCGGCUGAGAUUGGUCCCGCUCAUCACAGUAUGAGAGUGACAAUGAGCGCAGAAGCCACUCAAGAUGUCAUCUGGUCCGACGGUACAUGUUUAAUGCUCCCCGAGGGCAAUAGUGUAAUGUGACUCGUGCGGCGUACCUUGGUGCAGCCCCGCCCGCGGGUUGAUACUGGGUACAUUGAAUGCUUGAACACCCCGAUCAAACUGUCAAUAGUGGAUGGUGCCGGUUCAAAUGAUCGGAAGUGUUGAUCUCGGGCUCGCCUGAAGAUA